AUGGUUCUACCUCAUCUCCAUCGUGCAUUAUUUCUUUCUCUUCUUUUGUUAACUCCAUUUCUCUUGGUAUUAUUUCGAUAUGGAUCUUCACUUAAAAAAAGAAAUCUCCCUCCAUCCCCAUUCAAGCUCCCAGUCAUCGGAAACCUCCAUCAGUUGAUGGGUCCUUUCCCUCACCGCUCUCUUGCUGCUCUCUCGAACAAACACGGUCCUCUUAUGCUCCUCCAACUCGGCCAAAUCCCUACUCUAGUAAUAUCAUCAGCAGAAAUAUUACAAGAGAUAAUUGAGACUCAAGACGCCAAUUUCUCAGAUAGGCCCUCCCUGAUUGUACCUAACAAACUUUUAUACGGAUGCAAAGAUGUUGCUUUUGCUCCAUACGGAGAUCACUGGAGGAACGUGAGAAAACUCAUUGUUUUUCACCUUCUAAGUCCUCCAAGGAUCCGAUCGUAUCACCUCAUAAGAGAACAGGAGGUAGCCUCAAUGAUCGACAACAUCAUGAAUCUAUCUUCGCUUGGACUAGUGGUUGAUUUGACAGGUGCAAUAACGGUAUUUGCCAAGGAGGUUGCUAGUAUGAUAGUAUUCAACAAACGCUCAAGCGAGGAGGGAUGGAAUGAGAUGGCUGAUGUGCUUCUCAAGGAUACCAAUGAUUUGCUCGUAUCGUUUCAGAUCGGGGACUACUUCCCCAGGCUUUCAUGGUUGAGUUCACUAAUUGGAUUUGACGCGAGGUUGGAGAGGACAUGCAGCACCGUGAAUAAAAUCAUCGAACGUAUUAUUGAGGAUCGACGUAUUUCUAAUAGUCAACCGAUAGGUUGUGGGUCUAAGCUUGAUUGUUUCGUCGAUAUCUUGCUCUCGCUCGAGAAAGAUGGUAAAAAUUACUUAGACAAGGAUAGCGUCAAAGCUCUUACUGAGCUAGAAUGGGCGAUGGCGGAGCUCGUGAGAAAUCCAGAAGCCAUGAAGAAAUUACAAAAUGAAUUAAGAAGUAAACUUGGUCCCAAGGCAAUAAUAACAAAUGAGGAAUUAGUUGGGAUGGGCUACUUGAAAUCAGUGAUAAAGGAGACCCUGCGGUUGCAUACACCAGGUCCACUGCUCGGUCCACGCCGAGUACUGCAAAAUACUAUCGUUCGGGGCUAUGAAAUUCCCAAGCGAACAAGAGUCAUUAUAAAUGCGUGGGAUGUUAGUAGAGACGCGGGAUACUGGGAAGCCCCCGGUGAGUUCCGACCUGAGAGAUUCUUGAACGGUCUCACGGACAUGAAAGGGCGAGAUUUCCAUUUUAUUCCUUUUGGCGUGGGUCGAAGGGCUUGCACGGGGAAACAUUUUGCGAUAUCGAUUGUCGAAGUUGCAUUGGCGAAUCUUGUGUAUCGCUUUGAUUGGGAACUUCCUGAUGGAAUGAGGAGGGAAGAUAUGGAUAUGGGGGAGGCUCCGGGAUUUACAGUUAGGAAGCGAGUUAAUCUCCGUCUCCUUGCGACGCCUUGCUCAUAUUCACAGGAGUGA